CAGUGCAUCAUAAUUUAAGCACUAGUGCUCCGUGAACACAUAACUAGGCUACAGCAGUUGUACAUAAUUUAAGCACUAGUGCUCGUGCACAUUCACGAUAAGGACAUAACUAGGCUACAGCAGAUGUGCACUACUAACAUAUGUGGUUUGACUUGGGAGAUUGAAACAUGGGGAGAGCUGCCUUCUUUUCCUUCCUCCUUUUGGGUCUAGUGGCUGUAUCCGUGCGACUUGCUGAAGCACAGGACGGAGAGUGUCCGCCUGGUGUAAACUUGCUGAGGACUUGCCGCUGUCAAACUGAUGGAUUCGGGAUCUGCUGGAACCAGAAAUGUGAUCUGUGUAAUGGAACUUUUCGAAAGAAAAGAUCUGUAAUCAAUGAUUUUGGAUUCCGAGAUCCAGGACGUCGACCUCGACUACCUCGACCUCGGCGAUGCCGCGCCCGAUGUCAUCCUCUGUGUACAUGUAAUGUUAUUGGAACUGGAUGCUGCUGUCCGUGGACUGUAUCUUCGAUGUUCUGUUAGAGGAAUACUAUAUGACCAGGUGUGAAGGAAGUGUUGAAGGAACUCCUGACAACGUCCACAAAUCACAAUAUGUAAAUCUGAUCUAUUAAAGAAUUAACAAGA